AAAAAAUGACUCUUGCAGAUUCCGUUUAUUCUCCAGUAUGGGGUAGUAUUUUGGGUCUUAUCAUUUUAAUUUUGGACAUUAUCGCAAUUUUUGAAGUCCUACAAUCUGGUCGUUCUAUGCUUGCAAAACUUUUAUGGAUACUUCUGAUAUUCUUCUUUCCUGUGGGUGGUUUAAUUAUCUAUUGCUGUUGUGGGCGCGGCGGUGCUGGAACUGUGAUUGCUUAA